AUGGAAAGGAUAAGCCUCAGGGCGCUUGAUGAGCUCACAUGGGCGUGCGUGGCCAUCAUGAGGGCAUGCAUCUCGAAGGGCGAGAUCUUCUUCAGGAAGUCUGAUGGUUCUACGGUUUCGGGCCCACUGCAUGCAUACAGGGCACAGGACAAGACCAGGUGCGAGCCUGUGGUCAAGACGACUGACUUGCGUGCCGCUUACAAGCAGUUUGCAAUAUGCCCUCAGCAGCAGCGGGUGUGCGUGGUUACGCUUAAAGAUCCAUCUGACGGCAAGGCCAAGGGCUUCGUCUGCCGCGUGCUCCCUUUUGGAGCUCUUGCUUCUGUCGGGCAGUUCAAUCGUUUCUCUCGACUUUGGCAAAGGAUUCUUUGGGAACUCAAGCUGGCGGCAUCGAGUUAUUUCGACGACUUCCCGGCUGCAGAGGUCAGGGCCCUGGCGAGCAAUCGUGACGCUUCUGUUAAGGCGGCUUUGCACCUUUUUGGGGUCGACUGGGCGGAUGACAAAGACUUGCCAUUUGCCCAACAGGCAGAUGUUCUGGGGGUGACUUUGGAUGCUUCGGAUAUGUCUCGUGGCGUGGUCAGGGUCAUGAACAAGCGAGAACGGGCUCGCGACAUCGCAUCUUCGAUCCAGCAGGUGCUCGAGGAUGGUUGCAUUGAUCCACGCCAGAUACCUUCGCUUUUCGGGCGCAUACAGUUUUCUGAAUCUCAGCUUAUGGGUCGCCAAGGCAGGCUGGCACUUGCUCAGAUCAGAAAGCUCGCCGAGGCACGCCACAAGCAUGUUCUCACUCCUUUGGAAAUUUCGGCUUUCGAGAAUCUUCGUGCCCGGAUGCUCAGUGGCCGACCUCGUGAGAUUCCCGUUCGUCUGGAGGGAGGCAGGACUUAUGUGUUCACCGACGGUGCAUGCGACAAGAAUGACAACGGCUUCAGCUGUGCGAUUGGUGGAGUGCUUUAUCGCGUCCUUUCAAGUGGAGCUUACGAGACGAGGGCGUCCGGCUGCGACCUUGAUGAAGCUGUGGUGUCCACAUGGGCUGGGGCUGGCAAGCCACACCUCAUCGGACCCACCGAACUUUACGCUGUAGUUGCUGCUCGUGGGGUUUGGAAAAAGUUCUUGGACAACGAGCGGGCCAUCUUUUUCGUUGAUCAUAGUGGAGUCUUGUCGGCGAUGAUAAAGGGAUCUUCGCGUGACGAUGUUUGGCGCAGCCUUCUUCUCCACUACGAGCACUUCGAUGCUGAAGGUUUCCUGUCUUCGGAUCGUUUCAUCAAGAUGUUCUCCAGUGCUUCAUUAGUGGCAAAGCUUUGCUACAGACGGGGCGAAGGGUCAAAUGAGGUGGAUCCCGACGGGGAUCCGCGCUUCGUCUUUUACCCCGAGCAUUUCAUUUCCGGGGUUCCCAUUGAGCUUAAAAAUACCAUUGACAAGCUUGCAUCUUCCACCCCUUCCGAGGAACUCCUCGAGGCGAGUGGUCACCAGGACAAGUCCAUAGUGGGUGACAUUGCUGAGGGCUUUAAGCUUAGCGGCCCCAUCCCAGCUACAGCCGACGAGCUUCGGCGUGGCUGGCUUUUUGGGCCGGUGGAUGAGAAGGAUCUACCAGCUGAAGCAGUGGUCACAAGGCGGUUUGGGAUCCGACAGGGGGGCAAAUGCCGUCCAAUAGAUAAUUAUUUGGAGUCGGGCGUGAACGCGACUGCCAGCGCCAGCGACACGAUAACUGUCCACACGGCGGAUGUCCUUGCUGCUGCUUUGUCUUAUCGCAUCCACAAGUUGCGGGUUCUUCGGAAACCUUCGAAUUUGACCACACGCGCUUGGGACUUGGCAAAAGCUUACAAAAAUCUGGCAUUGCACCCUGAAUCCAUCUCUGACGGGUACUUGGCAGUAUGGAACCCAGAUUCCCAAAUCACCGAAAUAUAUGGACAACGUGUCCUGCCUUUUGGAGCACGAUCCAGCGUGCACUCCUUUUGCAGAACAUCGCUUGGAAUAUGGAUUAUUGGAGUCUGCGUUUUCUUGCUACGCUGGGGGGUGUAUUUUGAUGAUUUUGUGGGAUCAGAAGUGCCAUGCUUGUCCAAGCUUUUCGAGCUGUGCGCAGAUUGCCUUUUCAUGAUUUUGGGAUGGACCACAUCAUCAGACAAAGCUUCGACAUUUGAUCCCAUUGCGAAGGUGCUGGGUUUAAAAAUCAACUUGAAGGAGUCUGGCUUGGGCCUCAUCUACUUCGAGAAUACCGAGCACCGGCGAGAUGAGCUGGUUGGCUUCAUCGAGGAGGUCUUGCUGUCUUCGUUCUUAAGUCGCAAGGACGGCGAGCGAUUGAGGGGAAGACUACAAUUCGCAGAGCAGCAGAUCUCUGGAAAGCGGGCGGGGCUGGCCUUCAAGGAGCUCUCAAGGCACGUUGCGAAAGGUGGGGGUAAGUUAGGUCCCGGUACCCUAGAUGCCCUCGGUUUCCUUAAGCAGCAUGUCGCCUGUGCUCCAGCCCGCUGCAUAGCUGACCUUUCUUGCUUUACUUGGCAUCUAUAUGUCGACGCAUCCAAUGAUGAUUCGCGAGCUGGCAUUGGUGGCAUCUUGAUUUCUGAGUCUGGUGCUUUCAUUGGACAUUUCAGUGAAUAUCUUGACGAGGCCACAUUGACAGACUUGAAUGCAGCUGGGAGCGAAAACCCCAUCUUCGAGCUUGAGUGCUUUGCGAUUUGGUGUGGCAUACAUGUUUGGGCUCAGCUUUUCAGGUAUUGCCACUUGAUUGUUUUCACAGACAAUGAAGGAGCAUUGCAUUCCAUGGUCAACGGCAGGAGCGAGAAUGACGCUGGCAGCCGCAUGGUGAGUGCAACGCAUGCUUUGCUGGACGACUGCUUCAUCAAUCCUUGGUUCGAGCGCGUAAAUACGAGCUCGAACUUAGCCGAUUAUCCAUCAAGGGGAAUUUCGAAGACAGAGUGGGGAGCCAGGAUCUCCAUUGACUUUCGACGUCUCGCACGAGUGGCUAAGGCCCGAAUUGAGGUCUUGGAGGACCAGGAGCGUCAGCUCUCCACUCGUGUUCGCGUGUUGGAGAGUGAUAGCCCGGACGGUCGGCCACCUGCAGGCGGGUCUUUGCUUGGAACCUUGAGCGGGGCGAGCUCUUCUUCGGGGCCGGCAGAUGUUGGGCCUGCUAUUGCCUUUGCACACCAGAGCUUGCCAUCGGCCGGGCUGAAGCACUGUUGGGAGGAAGGUUUUUGGGCUUGCAUUUUUGACAGUCCCAGAGAUGCUUUCGAUGGUGCAUAUGGAACAGUCUUUAAAAGGCCAGAGGCUCCAGUGGUGGAUGGUUCCGAGAUGCCACCGCUCAAGGUUCAACGGCCAGGCGGAUUGUCUUUAGGGGCUGCAGAUGGUUCUCAGUCUUUCUUGAAUGCGGUAAGGGACCGUGAAGUCCUUACUUGGAAGCAGAAGAGGGGCAAAGAGAGAUCAGAAGCUUUAGCACUGUGGCUGGCCCUCAUUUUGACGUGGCCGGCUCACAUUGUGGUGGUUGGCCAGCUUCUGCGUCUGUCGCAUGAUUCACGAGCGAGUAUGAUCGAAGACUUGCUUGGUCAUAAGGCCCCAAAGACACUUCGCAAGCGAUACCGGUCCAUUCUGGGAUAUGAUGGAUAUCUUCGUGAUAGGAGUACGCCUUUCCCUGGGACAGAGGCUGUUUUCUACGGUUACCUUUGUCUUCUGAGGGAAGAGUGCAAGCCCGCGUCCACCAGGAAAGCGCUCCUUGAGGCCAUUACCUUCACCAGGUUUGUUCUGGGCAUAACCGAGCUGGCGCCCUUAG